AUGUGGCUGUUGGAGAAAAUCCGUGGCUCAGUAGAGAACGGCAGCUCCCGGGCCAACGAUUCAGGGGAUAAGCAGUCCAAGGGGCCAUUGUACAGCAAUGUCUUGACCCCGGAUAAGAUCCCGGAUUUCUUCAUCCCGCCCAAGCUCCCGAUGGUGCCCCUGGAGGCAGAGGGGGCGGAAGGGAAGGCCAAGCCCAAUCUGGGCACCUCAGCCUCGGAGCAGAACCUGUCGGUCCGCAAGCCCCAACGUAGCCCACGUUUGCCGGUGAAAGCCGUCUCGGAGAGCAAGAGCCUCUUGAAGGCCGCCAGCCGCCACAUCAUCCAGAUUGAGAGUGCCGAUGAGUGGAUGUCUGAGGAGGACUUCAGCACCAAUGCGGACCCGCAGUCACAGACAGCCAUGUCGCUGCCAUACGUGCCCAAGGCCCAGACGUCAUACGGCUUUGCGACGCUUAUGGAGAGCCCCCACACUCGCCGCAAGGAGUCGCUCUUCCACAGUGAGCACACCAGCCUGUGCCCCUCCCAGUCUUCCUCCCCCAGUUCCCAGAGGAAAUCCACUCCAGGAGGGGAGAGCGCCCAUCUCAACCCCUCGGACAUCAGCAUGUCUCUCAUGAACCCGUACCGCUACUUCAGUGGUGGGGAGAGCGAUACCUGUUCAUCGGCGGAGUCGUCUCCCUUCGGCUCCCCCUUGCUGUCGCGCUCAGUCUCCCUCCUCAAGAUCUUCAGCCAAGAGAGCCAGUCCAAAGUCAUCAAGCUGAAGCACUCCGUCGCCCGGAACAGCUCCCUUUCCACCGAUGACAGUUCGGCUGAUACCAGCCCCAGCUCGCUGCGGCGCAUGCGCUGCGCUACCCCUCCAGCAGGGGGCACCACUGGGGGCGUGCAGCAACAGCCCCUCGCACCAGCAGACCCCCAAGAACGGCUUCACAAAGAGCAUGUGAUCGCUUUGAGCAAAGGAGGGAGCAUGCGCCUGGUGGCAGAGUACAACCCUUCCAGCGCACGCCUGCGGGUGCGCGUCGUCACAGCCGAAGACCUCUACGACAAGCAUUGUGACGUGCGGAGCAUCAACUGCUGUGUGGCCCUCUACCUGAACCCGGGCAAGCUGCAGAAGCAACGGAGCACCAUUAUCAAGAACAGCCGCUACCCCAUCUUCAACGAGGAUUUCUUCUUCGACGGACUGGGAGCUGGCAACAUGAAGAAAAUGUCCCUCAAAGUUAAGGUGCUGAACAAAGGUGGCAGCCUCAAGAGGGACACCCUGAUGGGCGAGAAGGAGCUCCCCUUAACUUUUUUGGUCCCCUUUUUAUAA